ACUGCCUUCGAGCUGGAAGAGUCCAACUGAACUACAGGAGCCAGGAGAUGCUGCGAGCGCAGCGGCGGAGGUGACAUCACGACGGUCCGGUGUUGACAUCCACGUCCAUGCGCAGAGAUGGCAGCUUGCGCGGCUGCAGACACAGAAACCAAACGCCGAGCUCUCAUUUAAUCCCCUCCAGCUGCGCGCAGCCAUCUCCAAACCCCUCUGUCUGUUUCUGCUCAUUCGCGAUGGCGCCCAACGCUUAAAGACCCUCCUCGGCUCCUGUUUUAGGUGAGAGUAGAAGAUGGGCUCUCUGAGGAUGUUCCUGCAGAAUAUUAGGCUCCGAAUGAAGCUGGACCGGGUCAGACAGUUGGGUCGCCAGUACCCCGUCUUCUGCUUCCUGCUGCUGGUCUUACUGCUGUCCACUGUUCUUCUAAACAGAUAUCUCCACAUCAUAAUGGUGUUCUGGUCCUUUCUGGCUGGAGUGGUCACCUUCUAUUGCUCGUUAGGGCCCGAAUCUCUGCUGCCCAACAUGUUGGUCUCCAUCAGACCAAAAAGCAAACCGUUCCAGCAGGAGCUGUUUCCUUUGGGCCACAGCUGUGCUGUUUGCGGGAAAACCAAAUGUAAAAGACACAGACCCACUUUGCUGCUGGAAAAUUAUCAGCCCUGGCUCGACUUGAGGAUUCCUUCCAAAGUAGAUGCUUCUCUGUCUGAGAUUCUGGAGCUUGUUUUGGAAAACUUUGUAUAUCCUUGGUAUCGGGAGAUCACAGAUGAUGAAGCUUUCGUUGACGAGCUGCGGGUCACUUUGCGUUUUUUCUCGGCUGUUUUGAUUCGUCGAAUCCAGAAGGUGGACGUGGCGUCCCUCAUCACCCAAAAGCUGCUUAAAGUUUCAAUGAAACAUAUUGAAAUAAUUAGCAAAGCCAGACUAAAAGUAAAGAGCACAGAGCAUCUUCAACAAGCUGCUCUAGAGGAGUACGGCCCUGAUCUCCACGUGGCGCUCCGCAGUCGCAGAGACGAGCUUCUUUACCUCCGGAAGCUGACCGAAGUGCUUUUUCCUCACAUCCUCCCGCCCAAAGCUACAGACUGCAGAUCUCUUACACUCCUGAUAAGAGAAGUCUUGGCUGGUUCUGUCUUCCUUCCUUCUAUGGACUACUUGGCUGAUCCUGACACAGUGAAUCAUUUAAUCCUGCUAUUCAUUGACAAUUCUCCCCCUGAGGAAGCAACAGAGCCCAGCUCCACGCUGGUGCCGUUUCUGCAAAAGUAUUCCGACGUUCGCAACAAAAAGCCUUCUGUUCUGAAGCUGGAGCUGAAAGAAAUCCGAGAACAGCAGGACCUCCUCUUCCGUUUUAUGAAUUUCCUAAAACAAGAAGGCGCGGUCCACGUGCUUCAGUUCUGCCUCACAGUUGAGGAAUUCAACGACAGGAUUUUGUGUCCCGAGCUGUCCGACACGGAGAAGAUGAUGCUUCACGAGGAGGUGAAGAAGAUCUACGAGACCUACUGCUUGGAGGAGAGCAUCGAUAAGAUCCGCUUUGACCCCUUCAUUGUGGAGGAGAUCCGAAACGUUGCCACGGGGCCGUACACUCAGGUGGUGAAACUGCAAACCAUGAGGUGCUUGUUUGAAGCCUACGAGCACGUUCUCUCUCUCCUGGAGGACGUGUUCACCCCCAUGUUUUGUCACAGCGACGAGUAUUUUCGGCAGCUUUUGAGAGGGGCUGAGUCUCCCGCCAGGAACUCCAGGAUGAGCAGAAAUAGCGUCAGUUUGGAUGACAUUCGUUCCUGGGACUGGAGCCCCGAGUCCCUUUCUUCACCCUUCACCGCCUCUGGCAGCUCUUCACCUGCAUCCUUUAACUCCCAUCAUGCCCAGUCCACGUUCACAAACUUCCCAUACGGCCCGCUAUCCCACCGCCACUCAUCGCCCAAGAGCUCGUCAAAGCGGGGCGAGACGUUCGGGAUCAGCCGCAUCAGCAGUAAGAUCAAAGGCGUGUUCAAGAGCACCACCAUGGAGGGCGCCAUGCUGCCGUCCCACGGGCUGGUGGAAGGAGAGGAUGAUGUGGUAGAGGAGGCCAUGAUGGUGAUGGAGGAUGACUCCCCCAUGGAGGCAGCCUCCACCCCCAGCACCCCCCGGAACCUGUCGGCCUGGAGCAUCUCCAUCCCGUAUGUUGACUUCUAUGACGACGACGUGAAGAGGGAACGGAUUCCCGUGUUCUGCAUCGAUGUGGAACGCAACGACCGGAAGGCCGUCGGACACGAGACCGAGCACUGGUCGGUGUACAGGAGAUAUUUGGAGUUCUACGUCCUUGAGUCAAAGCUCACAGAGUUUCACGGUUCCUUUCCAGACGCACAGCUGCCCUCAAAGAGAAUUAUUGGCCCGAAGAAUUACGAGUUUUUAACCUCCAAGCGGGAAGAGUUCCAGGAGUACCUUCAGAAACUCCUGCAGCAUCCUGAGCUCAGCAACAGUCAGCUCCUGGCGGACUUCCUGUCUCCUUACAGCAUGGAGUCUCAGUUUCUGGACAAGAUGUUACCAGAUGUGAACCUUGGGAAAAUCAUUAAAGCGGUUCCCAGCAAACUGAUCAAAGAGAAAGGACAACAUUUGGAGCCUUUCAUUCAGUCGUACUUCAACUCCUGUGAGUCUCCCAAACCCAAACCCAGCCGCCCAGAACUCACCAUCCUGAGCCCGACUUCAGAAAAUGACAAGAAGCUUUUUAACGACGUCUUCAAAAACAACGCAAACCGCUCUGAGACGACAGACAAGCGACACAAUCAGAAUUACUUCAUGGAGAUGAUCACUGUUGAAGGAGUGUAUGACUACCUGAUGUAUGUGGGCCGAGUGGUCUUUCACAUCCCUGACUGGCUACACCACCUGCUGAUGGGCGGCAGGAUCCUGUUCAAGAACACUCUGGAGGCCUACACAGACCACUACCUGCAGUACAAACUCAAUCAGGUGGUCCAGGAGCACCGGCUCGUCUCUCUCAUCACUCUGCUUCGAGACACUGUUUUCUGUGAGAGAAGUCCUCCUCGCUCGACCCAGGACAAGCAGAGCAGAGCCAAGAGGACCUUUGAGGAGAUGAUGAACUAUAUUCCAGACGUCCUGGGGAAAUGUAUCGGAGAGGACGCCAAGUAUGAAGGAGUGCGUCUUCUUUUUGACUGUCUGCAGCAGCCGGUUCUCAACAAACAGCUGACUUAUGUGCUGCUGGAUAUCACCAUUCAGGAGCUUUUUCCAGAGCUGAACAAGGUGCAGAAGGAGGCCUCUCUGUUGCCCCACUGGAUGUAGAAAUGUACAGAUUUACUCCCUGCGAGACCCUGGAUUCAAUGUUUCCAGUUAAUUUAAUAUUUGUAUUUUCUCUGACCUCUUUGCCUUUAACACCUUUGUUGCUUUAACACAAUUAUACAUCAACGGCUCAUGUCUGUAUUUA